GAUCCUUUCUAAAAAUUAUGUGAUUUUCUCAUUUGUGCCUCUCCUUCUUCACCAGCAUCAAAUUAGGGUUUUUUUUCUGCGAGUUUUUGGCGAGUGCCUUAAGAUUUUAGUGAAUUGAGUUUGGGUUUGAGAAGAGAUCUAAUUAGCUCGCUUCUUCGUCAUCAUCGUCUGUUCUCCUACUUUCUUUCACCAUGUUCUGGAAGUUGACUGCUCUCUCUGCUGCUUCUCCGGUCGAAUCCAUAUUAGACAAGGAAGAUUUCACUUUGGAAGAACUCCUGGAUGAGGAAGACAUAAUCCAAGAAUGCAGAGCUUUGAACAGCCGGCUCAUAAAUUUUUUGAGAGAAAGAGCCCAAGUGGAACAGUUAUUACGUUUUAUUGUUGAAGAAUCUCCUGAAGAUGCUGAUAGCAAGCGUGCUUUCAAGUUUCCUUUCAUCUCCUCUGAAGUCUUGACUUGUGAGAUUGAUGUUAUUCUUAAGACUUUAGUGGAGGAGGAGGAGCUGAUGAACCUACUUUUCUCCUUUCUGGAGCCAAACCGUUCCCACAGCGUAAUGCUUGCUGGGUAUUUCAGCAAGGUUGUCAUUUGCCUCAUGUUGAGGAAGACGGUCCCGCUGAUGAACUAUGUAAAAGCCCAUCAGAAUGUUUUCCAGCAACUGGUUGAUUUGAUAGGGAUUACGUCCAUUAUGGAGGUCCUAAUUCGGUUGGUUGGUGCGGAUGAUCAUGUGUAUCCCAACCACCUCGAUGUGAUGCAAUGGUUAGCUGAUAGCAAUCUGCUUGAAAUGAUCGUGGACAAGCUAGGUCCAUCAAAUUCUCUCGAAGUUCAUGCAAAUGCUGCUGAAACACUGUGCACUAUUGCUCAAAAUGCACCAUCACCUUUGGCUACGAAACUCUCUAGUUCAAGUUUUGUUGCAAGGAUAUUUGGUCAUGCUUUCGGAGAUCCCCAGUGCAAAUCUAGCCUUGUCCACACACUUUCGGUGUGCAUUUCGUUGUUAAGCCCAAGAAGAUCUCUAGUUUCUUCUCCGUUUAUGUAUUCAUUCAGGGGCCAACAGAUCUUUGAGUCUCCAAUUUCUGUGAAUCCGGAGACUAUUGCCACCAUGCUGCCUAGACUUGGUGACUUUGUCACACUUUUAAACGUGACCUCUGAUGAAAAGGUUUUACCUACAACCUAUGGGCAGUUGAGGCCUCCUCUUGGUAGUCAUCGUCUGAAGAUUGUGGAGUUCAUUGCUGUCUUGUUGAAAACACGAAGCGAAGCUACAGGAAAAGAACUAGCCAGCUCAGGAGCUAUAAGAAGAGUCCUUGAUCUGUUCUUCGAGUACCCAUAUAAUAAUGCACUGCACCAUCAGGUGGAGAGUAUUAUAGUAUCGUGUUUGGAGAGCAAAAAUGAAGAGAUUAUUGACCAUCUUCUCCGCGAGUGUGAUUUGAUUGGAAAAAUUCUUAAAACAGAGAAACAGCCAAUCCUUUCUGGUGAUAACCAGCCAACAAUACCUGCUACUGGAAAGCAGGCUCCACGGGUGGGAAAUAUCGGCCACAUCUCAAGAAUUUCAAACAAACUUAUUCAGCUGUCAACUAACAGUAACCUGAUAAAGACUUUACUUGAGGAACAUAACGAAUGGGGCGAGUGGGAAGCUAAUGUGUUGCAUGAUCGAAACACAGCUGAGAAUGUUUAUCGCUGGGUUUGCGGACGCCCGACUGCAUUACAUGAUAGGACUAGGGACAGUGACGAUGAUGAAGCUCACGACAGGGAUUAUGAUCUUGCUGGUUUAGCUAAUAACUUGAACCAGUUCAGAUACAACAUGCAAGAGAACAAUGGUGCUGGGGAGGAACAUGGUUCCAAUGAAAGAGACGAAGAGGAUGUCUACUUUGAUGACGAAUCUGCUGAAGUUGUUAUAUCAUCUCUAAGGCUUGGUGAUGAACAGGCGAACAAUUUAUUCACAAACUCGAACUGGUUCACGUUCCAAGGAGAUGAAUUGGGUGAAAACACAGGAACAGGGGAGAUUCCUUCAGAGGAAGCUAUGGAAGAUGUAAGCUUGAAUGAAACUUCCGGUGGUGGAGAUGAUGAAGAAGAAGAAGAAAAAGAAGACGAAGAAGAAGAAGACGGUUUGAUUACAGAAACCAAGAACCCUUUCUUAGACACAGCCUCAACCUCAGAGCCAGUUUCUGUAGAAACCCUACCUGGAGAUAUCGAGAUUGACGAAGAAGAUGUGGUUUCAGAUGAAUUGUCACCGGAAUGGGCUAAGCGUGGAGAUUCUUCUUCAUCAGCUGCACAGGUCAAAGAUCAGGAAAACGACACGAAGAUGCCUGAUGUUAGAAUCCCAAACGGUUCUUCAUCCUCGGAAGGCGAGAUUAGCCCGAGAUCACCGCCUGUGCCUUCGUUGUUUGGCAAAGACGUCGAGUUCGUAGGCGUGGAGCCAGAAGGAACCGAAAGAGCGAUGGAACAAGCUCUCAAGGAAGGGAUAGUGGGAGAAGCAGGGCCAAUGAAGAGGAACAGUGCCGCCACAGCCUCACCGGGUAAAGAGAGCUCUGAUGAGAAUAUGCAGCAGGAGUAUAACGAUACUAACUACUGGAAAGUUGAUCAGGAGGUGGCUGUGGUUGAAUGAAUGUGAUGUGACGUGGCAUAUCGUUGUCUGAAAGCUGACGUGAAAACUGAAGUGGCACAUUGAUGUCUGAAUGAUUCCCGAGUUGAAAGGGAAGAGAAACUCAAGGAAGGUACUUGUGAAUGUACAGUACUACUAAAGUCAUUGUCUCUUUUUGUGUUUUGGAAUAUUUUCAACAAGUGAACUGAUUUGUUCGUUUAGGGUUCUCUUACAAAAUUUGGAUGCUUUUGCUAUAUGUCUGUCAAGGAUCUAUUUUACUUACUUUGAUAUCACUUUUUUAUUUCUUUUGGUACGUUUUGAUAUAUUUGAUUAAAAUUGGGACUGUUGUUGUAAAAACUUUCGUGAUGUUCUUGGGUAAUAAAAACUCUGAAUUUUAAUGUC